AGUUAAGACUAUAGUUGAAUGAAAAUUAGGCCGAGAGUCCCGAGAAUCCCCUAGACCUUGAUGUCAGUGUUUUUUUUUAUUAAUUGUCAUUAUUAUUAUUAUUAUUUUCUCCCCGUAGAAUUAUGAGAAGAAUCCCGAUCCCGUGAAUUGACGAGAGGUGUUCUAGAGUGAGUUUUCUCGGUAGAAGGUAUUGGCGCUCGUUCAAUGUCAAAAGUAACAGUGGCAAUGUCAAGAAGACGCUUGAGUUGAGUUGAUGUGUGCAGCUGACUGGACUGGAUGUCAUUAAAUAGGAGCAGUACACGUAACUUUGAUGCAACCUGGUCUUAUCUAUGAUCUACUGGUCUAUGUUUCAUAAAUAACGACAGUAAUAAGUGAGAACGAGUGUCCGAAAGAUUAUUGGGGGAAUGAUUAUAUGGGGUAGCAAAAGGGCGAUAGCCUGUGCUGUGGUAUGGAGACAGAGAGCAUAAAAUCCGGGGCUAGUGAGCACAGCCAUAGCCAUCAUAGCCGUAGUUCUUCAAAACAUCAUCGUUCGCACACGAACAAGUCACCGCACCAUCGACAACAUUCCCAUCGAAGCUCUAGGAAUAAUAGAAGUCAAAGAAAAGAACGAUCCAACCUGGAUGUCAGCGAGAUGGCACCGUUUCAAACGACAGUCAAUGUCAGAGGGAACAGUGUCGAGAAUGUCGGGCAAGAAGUUAUAGAAGUCCAAAUACUCCCUCAAGAUGAAAAUUGGGGUGAAAACACGACAGCUAUUACUGGAAAUACGUCCGAUCGUUCUGAAUCAACGGAGGACGUCAGCAAUUGGCCUAGUGAAACAGAUGGAGCAUUUAAUUUCACGUGUAAUCGAUAUCUCGGACCGGUGAUAGCUAUGGCACUUGGUAUUGGCGCUUUUUUGAGUCCAAUAGCAAUGGUCGUGUUACCCAAACUAGGUUUUUUUCCCGACUCUACAACGGUACUAACAAUGCAACAGAGGCUUGAAUUGCUGUCAUGCAACGCUGAAUGUAAAGGCCAAUUACUAGGAUUAGCGUUUAAAUUAAUUCUGCUGGCUAUAGGCAGCUGGGCUGUAUUUUUACGACCACGAAAUGCCACAAUGCCUCGUGUCUUUCUGUUCAGAGCUGGGGUGCUUGUUUUGACGCUACUUUGUAUCUGUACUUACUGGUUAUUUUACGUCGUUCAAGUAACAGAGAGCGCUAAGACGGCAGCGAAUGGAGAAAAAACAGAGUACAAAAGUCUAGUUAAUUAUGCAGGAACAUUUGCAGACACUCUUUUAUUUAUACACUACGUAGCAGUUCUUUUGAUUGAAAUUCGGCAUAUACAGCCGAUGUAUUAUUUAAAAGUUGUAAGAUCACCUGACGGUGAAUCCCGUUCAUACGCUAUCGGGCAAUUAUCCAUUCAACGAGCAGCGGUCUGGGUUCUUGAAAGAUAUUACACGGAGUUUCCAAUUUAUAAUCCAUAUUUGGACCGGCUGCCAGUGUCUAAAUCCGGGCGGAAGCCGUCAAGUUUUAAGUUUUACGACGUAGACGGUGGAGUGAAUGCAACAACGGGACAGCAGCAACGCGGGGGCGGUGGUGACAGAGCGAUGCUGGCUGCUCAGGCACGAAGGAGAGACUCUAGCCACAAUGAAAGGUUCUACGAGGAGCACGACUACGAUAGACGAGUGAGAAAACGUCGGGCCAGAUUAAUAACCGCGGCCGAGGAAGCAUUCGCGCACAUAAAAAGACUUCACUCAGAGGCUGAGCUCGCGCCCAACCCUGGACCAAUGGAUCCUAUGGAAGCUGCACAAGCAGUUUUUCCUUCGAUGGCUCGUGCGCUGCAGAAAUACCUGCGGGUCACAAGACAGCAACCGAGACAUUCUGUGGAAUCCAUUCUCGGACGGCUUGCGCGAUGUCUAGCUCAAGAUGCCGCACCAAAGGCUUUCCUCGAGCCCUUUUUCUCCACCAGUCCCGUGCUGUCUAACGAGAAAGAGCGACAGAGAAGUUCACACAAUUGGGCGUUAGUUUGCGAGGGCGAGUUACCAUCAAGACCACUUGCAUCUGGCUGUGAAUUCCAACUGCGUCAAGGUGAAGUUGCUUUACUCUGCACGGCAUACAGAUUGCCGCAUUUUACUCUCACUGAACAACUAGCGCAUCCAAAAUCAAACAAAUUUUUAUUGAGACUUAAUUCUGAGACGUCUGUUUAACGGCCGUCUUAUAUUUUACUAUUACUACACGCUAUCAAUAUCACGUGCUCAGCCACGUUAAAAAGUACUUUAAUAAAAAUAAUGAUAAAUUUUAAAAGAAGAUAAUGAUAAAAAAAGACUUUCUAGAUAGCUAGGGGAUCAAGAAAACGUAUAAGUGAAAUGUUAAAUUGAUAAGCAUUAGCGAAUCUGAGUAAAAAAAAAAUAAUCCAUCAGUGAUAUUAAAGUUAUAUAUUAUUUAAUGUAUUUUCGACAGAAAGUUUUCGGUAUUUUAUUUUAAAAUUAAAUUUAUUAUUAACUUUUGACGUUAACUGACGUCCUGCUAAUGUAUCGGAAAUUUUGACAGUUACAAGGUUCCAGGAUCAUGGUAUUAAAGUUACGAUGCCUUAUAUUCAGAUCAUCACUUGCAAGAUUAAUAUCAUGUCAUAAGUUUUAUUGGAGUAAUUAUCAAAAUUGAGUAACUUAUUUUGAUUGAUAGGUUUAUUUUCUUACAUUGCGAAGAUUCUUAAGGACAUUUUCAGACAGUGCCUCCACUUUAUAAAAAUAUCCAAUGACUUUAGAUCGUACUAAAAUUUUAUUAAUUAAUUAAAUAAAAAUUAAAGGCUCAAUUGAAAAAAGUUGUCAUCAAUUAGGAGUUGAACAAAAUUCGUUGAAUAAAUUUUCGCCUAAAAAAUUCUUAAAUUUAUUUUCCAAAUUUCGGUCAACUCCCAAUUGAUGUCAACUGUCACUAAUUUUUUAAAAAUUCUAUAUCACAGCGAAAUUGUCCCUUUUUUAGUUAAUUGAUAAAAUUUUGAUACGCUAGUAGUUUAAAUUUAUUUAAAAUUUUUAAAAAAUGGCGGGCAAUGUCAGAAUGGCCUUAAUGCGAAAUAAAAUAUCAUUAUUAUGGUGUUAUGCAUCAGCCAAAAAUACCGUACUCUGCCUUUUCUAUACGUACAAUCAAAUGUAGCUUUAAUUUUUGCUAAAUAAUAAUAAUAAUAAUAAUUAAUAAUAAAUAAUAGAAAGGUUAAAUAUUUUUCGAUUGCGCGUUAAUUUAAAUCGAUGAUAAAUAUUUUAAAACUCGUAAAAAAAAUUAAUAAUGAUAAUAAUUAUUAUUAAAAAAUUUUGAUUGUACGAUAGACACGUUUUUGCUGCAAACUCAUGACAUUCCCAACGGAAUUUUGUACUUAAUAUUUGAUAUAAAAAAAAGUAUGAUAAUUUAAUGCAUUUUAUAAUAGAGCACGACGCUUAUUUAUUACUUGCCAAAGUGUGGACAAUUUGGAUGACUUUUUUUUAUUAUUAAUUAAUAUUCAAAAUAGUUUGUAUCAGUAAAUUAAUUGUACUGACUUUAAUUAUAAAAACAUCGCAGUAGGCUUUAUCAGUACAUUUAUUUCGAUAAUCGAAACUUGCUAAUGCUAACAGUACACAGUAUAUUUAAAUUUACUUUUAUAUUUAAAUAGUACUUUUAAAUUAAUUACAUAUCAAAGUAAAUGUGUAAAAUUUUAUUUACACUCGACUACGAGAUGAUCUAUUCAAUUAUCACAGAACGGUGCAUUAUAUUUUUAUAAUUUUUUAAAAUCUUCCAUUACGACUGGGACUUUUCUUUUAAAGAAAUUCAAGUCUACGGUCGACUUAGUUUUUUUUAUUUUAACAUAA